CUUCCACCAGUUGCAACUGAGAAUGACGACGCGAGUUCACGACGCCACGGCCGCCCGGUCGUUAGAAGACUUUGUCGUGUCGAGAAAGCAGCAUAAAUCGGCAGUUCCGUCGUCAGAGCGCAGUGCUAAGGCAUCACAAUACGACCAAGACGAGGAAAAGCAGUCCGAUGUCGAAUCAAGUUCGUCGCGAGCGAGGCCGCACUCAAAGGACCAUGAGAAGAAGCGGUCCGAGUCCAGCAAAGACGUUGACCCGUCGAGCAAGAAGCGGAAACAAACUGCCUCCUCCUCGUCGGAUGCCACGGCAAAGCAGGACAACAGUGGCGACCACGACAAGGCAAAGCCAGCGAAGCGGCGGCACUUGGAGCACCCUACGUCGCCAUCUCCACGUGAAGCCGUGGGCAGGCCCCACAAAGCCAAAGCAGCUUCUUCCUCUCAUGUGUCCGAAGCAAAGGCGGACACGCACAAGCUCGUGGGCGCGUUCGUUCAGUCCGUGGAGAAGGUGCUGAACCAGUACGACGGGGAAAAGGACCGCGAUGUCGCGUUCAAGAUGCUGCAGAAGGACUACCUGGCGCUGCUAAACGUGCGCCAGACCGAGCCGGAGCGAUUGCUGGCCGAGUCGAACCGGAUUGCCAAAGAGGCCAAGGCACUGCACGCCGACGCCAACACAAAGCUGCGGCAGCAAGUCGCCAACUUGACGAAGAAGCUCGACAAGUACGACAAACUGCGCGAACACUGGGACCGGAUCAAGGCCCGCAGCGGCGGCGGCGACGUCCUUGGAGGUGCCGACGACUCGGACGCGAUGGGAACGCUCAAGCACGAGAACGCCAUCAUGCACGCAGAAAACAACUCGUUGCGCAAUCGCGUCAAGAACAUGGAGCGGGAACUAGAGCUCGAACGCUCGGCAAAGCACGCCACACAAGUUCCCCCGGCUCAUGCGACUUCUUCCACAGAGAUCAACCGGCUGGAAAGUGCGGUGGCCGACUUGACUGGCAAACUCGUUCAAGCAAACAAGCUCUUGGGCGUGUACGAACUCAUCUCGAGCAUGCACAUCGACCUGACCAGCGCCAGCGACGACAAGGUCCAAGUGUCGUGCCGCGCUAUCGACUCGCUGGACGCGCAGCAGUUUAGUUUUCGCGUCGGCAUCCCCACCAACCCUCGCCAAGAGCUCGAGUACAUGCCCGCGACCGAGGAAGUGGACCACUACCACCGUCAGGCAGAGCCCACGGUCCCAGAGUACCUGUUGGAGGAACUCAACUUUCAACGAUCCGAGCUGACACGGUUUAUGCGGACCAUCUUAGAAGCGGUGAUUCGAAAGAAGGCGUAGUAGUUGUUAAUAGUUGGUCGUGUAAUACAACAAGGAGUUUCAACCGGUG